AUGUUUGCCUCUUCCAUUCUUUUGCUGUCGUCCCUGGUGGCCAGCGCCCUCGGCGCGUCCCGGACUUCUCCCCCCUCCGGCGCCCUUGUGGUCGCCAAGUCUGGCGGUCAGUACAGUACCAUUCAGAAGGCUGUUGAUGCUGCCAAAUCUGGUAGCGUCAUCUUCAUCCAGCCUGGUACAUACAACGAACAGGUCUUGAUCCCCGCCUCCGUCGGCGCCCUCACGAUCUACGGCUCUACGUCCAACGACCAAGACUACUCCAAGAACACCGUCACUAUCACCAACAGCCUAGGCGCUGACCAGGCCGGCAACAAUGACGCCUCCGGUACCCUCCGAGCCAAAAACGACAACCUCAAGGUCUACAACAUCAACAUCGUCAACUCCCGUGGUAAGGGCAUCCAGGCCAUUGCCUUGAGUGCCUACGGCAACCAGCAAGGAUACUACGGCAUCCAAGCCAAGGGCUACCAGGACACCGUCCUCUCCAACCAGGGCAAGCACUACUUCCAUGGCUCUUACAUCGAGGGCGCCACCGACUUUAUCUUCGGCCAGAAGGCCAUCGCCUGGUUCGAGUCCUGCACACUCGCCAUCUCCGGCAAGGGGUACAUCACCGCCUCCGGCCGUGACUCUACGAGCAACCCGUCGUGGUACGUCAUCAACAAGUCCACCGUCAAGGCCCUUUCGGGAGUCGGCGAUGGUCAGACAUAUCUCGGCCGUCCCUGGCGCACCUUCGCCCGUGUCGUCUUCCAGAACAGCAACCUCGGCUCCGUCGUCAACUCUGCGGGAUGGAUCAAGUGGGGUGACAACCCGACCGACAACGUCGACUACAGCGAGUACGCCAACACCGGUAAGGGCGCGGAGGGCACACGUGCUAGCUUCUCCAAGAAGCGCAGCUCUGCCGUCAAGCUUGGUGACGUUCUCGGUUCCACCUCCUGGAUUGAUUCGUCUUACACCAGCGGCGCUAAUGGCACCCCCGACGGCUUCGCUUCUCUGAACGGCGGCACCACCGGUGGCAAGGGCGGUGAGGUUGUCGUCGUCAAGACCCAGGCUGAUCUUGAGAAGUAUGCUGGCUCCACGGGCAAGUACGUGAUCAAGGUUUCUGGAAAGAUCACAAUCACCCCCAAGGGCAAGGAGGUCAAGGUCUCUUCUGACAAGACCAUCGUUGGUAUUGGUGCCACUGCCGAGAUCGACCAAGGUGGUUUCAACAUCCAGAACCAGCGCAACAUCAUCUUCCGUAAUCUCAAGAUCGGCAACACCUACGUUGAGGGUGAUGACGAGGGCAAGACUCAGGACUUUGACGGCAUUCAGAUGGAUAACUGCACCAAUAUCUGGAUUGACCACGUCCACCUUGAGAAGGGUGGUGACGGUCUCAUUGACAGCCGCAAGGAUACCACAUUCCUUACCGUCUCCUGGACCAUUCUUCGCAACCACAACAAGGCGUUUGGCAUUGGCUGGACCGACAACGUCAGUGCCCAGAUGACCAUCCACCACAACUACUUCGACCAGACCAAGCAGCGCAACCCCUCCGUCGACAACGUCAAGAACGUCCAUCUCUACAACAAUUACCUCGUUGGCCAGACCUCCUACGGCCACUACGCCCGUGGCAAGACCGAGAUGGUCAUGGAGAACUGCUACUUUGAGAAGGUCAAGAACCCGAUCCAGGCCGACAGCACUGCCAAGCUUAGUGCCACCGGAAACGUCUUCAAGAGCACCAGCGGCACCACGGCUAAGAAUGCUGGCACUGUCUUCGACCCCAAGACCUUCUACGACUACAAAGUCGAUGCGGCCAACGAUGUGCCGAGCAUCGUUUCCAAGGGUGCUGGUCGUCAGGCUAGCAUUUGCGCUGCUUAA